GACCGUGGCAGUCAAAAUUUCCCUGACGUUCAUCCCGAACGGCCUCUUUUACAGGACCUACCUAUUGUAUUCAUUGUUAAUUUGUUCUCUUCCUGAACAUUCAUGAUAUAUUUGACACUAGUCGUUAAGCAACCAACAAUCAAUCAAUCAAAUUUCAAUAUCUGAAAACUAAUGUUGGAUAUGGUAAUUUGAUAAUCUUUAACAAUUUUGUUUUAUUAAAUUAAAUGAUUUUUUUUUGCCGAUGUCCAUUAAACUCGAUUGCAGUAACACCCCUGCCAAAGUCUGAAGUUCGUUUUACUGUGCGGGAUUUUUUAAUUCGCAGCCACAUCCAGUCAGAAUGGGAACGUUUAAUCCGGUGCCACACUCAUUGCACGUAAAACCCUUCCAAAACUCUUUUAGUGGUCCGUAGGUGACCUGUUCCAAAGCUGAAUUGCUGUCCAUAUCCCCUCAUUUUCUAGUGGCAUUCCAAAUUUCACGUAUUUCAUCCGUUCUAACCGUUAUUUUGACCAACCUAUUGCAUUUUUUGUUUAUUUGUCUUAGUCCUGAACACGCAUGCCACUGGGCAUAAAGCAAACAACAGUUAUGAAGGGUAAUUCUACAAAGAACAUAUUUCAGUUGAUGAACAUGCCAAUGGCAUUUAUAAACCCCCAAACAAUUUUGUUACAGUAUUGUGCUUCAAACACUACGUCUAAAGGAAAUGUCGCCAUUCCAACAAAAGGCAGUACACCUAUACCUGUUAUAGGCAAACGACAGCAAUCAUUUAAAGAUAUGUUUGGAACGCCUUGUGCAAUGGGUUGUUUGACUGAAAACUGUAACAGGGAGCUUUGUAAAAAUGGUACUAAUGCCACUGGUUGCCAGCUUUUAAAAACACCCUCUUCUGACAAUUGUGAAGAUAUCGAUACAUAUGGCUGCAUAUUAGUAAUUUCUGUCGCUUUGAAAAAUGGUGAAAGCGCAUGCGCUAUGCCCGACAUUCGGAACCAUUUCUGCCCUGAAACAUGUGGAAUAUGCCAAAGCCCAGUGAUAACACAAGCACCAAUAGUAAUAUUAACUAGUCCUUCUGGUCAGACUACCACGAACUCUGCAGCCACUGUUACAUCCGAGCUCCAGACUACCGCCAGUUCAAUGAUACCAAAUACAACUGUACUUCCAGUAGUAUCGACACAUCUUAACACACCUAAUGCUUGUGGUGAUUAUUUCUCUGAGUACGCAUGUCAUAAGGUGGACUGUGAAAUACAGCUUUGCAGCGAUUCAGCACUACGAGUUCUUUGUCCAAACUAUUGUAAUGGACGAUGCAGAACUAGAGACUGUACUGAUAUUCCAGGUUAUAUUUCAAAAUAAAGCAACAAGUUUGACUAA